GCACAUCAGUAGCUUACUUUUUUAUUCUUAUGCCAACAUGGAUAACUAUUUUAAUAUGAAGAAUGAACAAUAAAAGUAUUUAAGAUGUAUUUUCUAAAUUUAUAAUGUUGUGUGCGUUGUACGCGUUUCCAUUUCGAAGGACCCAUCCCUUCCUUUAGCCUCCAGGCAAACAAAAAGAAAGAAAAAGGCACAAAGUUGGGUGACUUUAUUUCUUCCUUUAAAUCAGAUGCAGACUGUGGUUACUCACCUGCCACAGAUGGCUUUUCUGAGAGUGCUUCUGAUCUUAUCCUUGGUUUCUGCAUAUACAGGCUUGAAAAAGAUCAAUGUGAAGCCUGCAAAGAACAUCCGUCUGGACUGUCAGGGUCCUAAAAAUGCCACCAUUACACUGUUGGAGUGGAAGAGACACGAUCUGCUGUCUGAUGGAUACGUCUUCUUCUACCGAGAUGGUCGUCUGCAUAAAACCUUCCAGCAUCCGAUUUUUAAAGACCGGGUGGAACUGAGUGAUCCCCAGAUGAAAAAUGGGAACAUGUCCAUCAUUUUGUACAACACCACCGUUAAUGACACUGGAACAUAUGAGUGUCGUAUGAUCAUGGGAAACACUUGGCAUAGAGGCAGAGGUACCUCAGAGAUCAAGCAUCGAAUCAGGCUCAAGGUUAGAACAAAAGCCCGCAAGAAUAUCACAGCUGAGUCUGGACAUAACGUCAGUCUGACAUGUCAAGCUCCAAACAACAACUUCAAAGCUCUAGAGUGGAGCAGAGCUGAGCUGAGAGAUGAAAAUGUUCUAUUGUACUGGGAUGGGAACUUUGAGUCAUUCAACCAGCAUCCAUCUUUUAAGGGCCGAGUGGAUCUGCAGAUGAAAGAUGGAGACGUGUCUUUGAUUCUGAAGAAUGUGAAGAUUAAUGACACUGGAACAUACGAGUGUCGUGUCAUCAGGAAAAGACCAAACCACGGGCGGACUUCCCACUUGAAGACUAAGCCCAUUUGCAUCAUCUACCUGAGUGUUGUUGAUCCUCCAGGUCAGACAGGAGGACACACAGAGGAUGGAGGGAAGGAGGAUGGAAUCAGAAAGUAUCUUGGAUUGGAAGCUGUAAUGUCAGUAUUUUCUAUUGUGAUGACUGUUAUUACGAUAAUUAUGAUAGAGAAAAAUAAAAAACAAGAAGGAGGACAGACACAGCAUGAAUAACACAUUGCCUUAUACCAGAAAUAAUUGAUUUGAUUAUAGCCAGAGAUAGGUCAGCCAGUGUAAAAAUUCAAAAAGAAAAAAACCCACAUCUGUACAAUUUAAAAUGUAUGAACAUUUAGGUUGUAUCAUUAUCCCAGGCCACUGUUUUCAUUAAAUUGGCAGACUGCAGGCAGACUCUAUCUGAUAAACUAUUGUAUGAUCAAGCUGACUGAUUACAGCAGGCCAUAAUGGCCCUCUCCCUAUCUCUGUCCAUCUCUCUGUGUAUAAAAUAUAACCAUGUCUGCACCAAUUAUGUUCUCCCCCUCCUUGAGCUGCCACCUUAUCAAGGGGGAGGGGUUUAUAGCUCAGAUGAUCCUGGGAGCUGAGUUGUCUGAAGCACUGAUCUACUGGUAUGACAAACAGGUAUCAGGGGAUGAGCCAGACUAAGAGCAAUUCAUGUGUACCGCAAUAUUUGUUUGUCACAAUGUAAAUGGUCUUAUUUUGCUCUUGAAUUUAUUCACAGAAAUGGUUUUAAAAAAAAAUUUAAAUCUAGAAAGACAAAGUGAAACUGUGAAAUCAGUCUUUGUUGAUCCUUUGAGGUCUCAGAUAUGAUUUUAAAUUCAUGUUUCAUGAUUAUUGAACCACAAGGAAGCAGGAAGUGUAAGAUUUUAUACAAAUUUUUAAGUAAAGGGAUAAAAACCUUGACUUAAUGUGUGUAAUGUAAUUAAGAAAUACAAUGCACUAUAAAUUGGGAAUUAAUGUUUUAGACCUUUGGCAGUGUAAGAGGUUCUAUCAAAUCUACCGAGACUCUAACUGUACAUCCAGCCUGUUGAUAGGAUGUGUUUUUUUCAAGAGAGCCUACAAACUCAAUGAAAUGCAAAUCAGUUCAUAACUUUAAUGUAAUAUAUUUUUAUGGAUUAUUUGUUGAUAUUCUGUCUCUCUCUAUUAAAAUGACAAU